AUGGCCAAACCUCGUCGAAACAAUAAGAACAAGAAGGGCCAGUCGAGAUCUCAAGCCCGUGAAAAAGAAGAGGCCGAGUUGCUCAAAUUGCAAGAGAGAAUAGACCAAUAUGAUCCUGCGGUAGAUGAAAAAUCUAUAUCUCAGUUCAGCGACUUGCCCAUUACCCAGGAAACUCUCCGUGGACUCAACGAGUCCAGUUUCAUGUCACUCACAGAUAUUCAGAAGAAGACAAUACCUAUAGCUUUGAAGGGAGAAGAUCUUAUGGGGACAGCCAGAACUGGCUCUGGUAAAACUUUGGCAUUCUUGAUUCCUGUGGUGGAGUCUUUAAUAAGAAACAAGAUCACUGAGCACGAUGGUCUUGCUGCUUUGAUUGUUUCUCCUACCAGAGAGCUUGCGGUCCAGACUUUUGAGGUUUUGACGAAAAUCGGCAAGUACAACACUUUCUCAGCCGGUUUAGUUACUGGAGGAAAGGAUGUCCAGUACGAGAAGGAAAGAGUUUCACGUAUGAAUAUUCUUGUAGGUACACCAGGUAGAAUUUCUCAACAUCUUAACGAGGCUGUAGGAAUGGAAACAUCCAAUUUGCAGGUGUUGGUGUUAGACGAAGCUGACAGAUGUUUGGAUAUGGGAUUCAAGAAACAGAUAGAUAACAUUGUGGGCCAUUUACCUCCUACUAGACAAACCCUUUUGUUCUCCGCUACAGUUUCUGAUAGUGUUAAGGACUUAGCCAGAUUAUCUUUGACAAAUCCUAAAAGAAUCGGAGUAUCAUCUGACCAGGAUGUCUCUGCUACACCUGAAUCCUUGGAUCAGUACUAUAUCAGAAUUCCUUUGGAUGAGAAGCUAGAUGUGCUUUGGUCUUUCAUUAAGUCGCAUUUGAAGAGUAAGAUAUUGGUGUUUUUUUCUUCAUCAAAGCAGGUUCAAUACGCUUAUGAGACGUUCCGUACUUUGCAGCCCGGUAUCUCUUUGUUAAAGUUGUAUGGCCGACACAAGCAGACAUCUCGUCUUGAAACCACCGUAAAAUUCACACAGGCUCAGUAUGCCUGUCUUUUCGCUACUGACAUCGUAGCCAGAGGUUUGGACUUUCCGGCCAUAGACUGGGUUGUGCAAGUAGAUUGUCCUGAAGAUGCGGUCACUUAUGUCCAUAGAGUGGGACGUGCUGCUCGUUUCGGACGCCAAGGUAAGUCUCUCUUGAUGUUGCUACCAUCAGAAGAAGAAGGUAUGUUGAAGCGCUUGGAGAACAACAAGAUUGAACCCAAGUUCAUGAACAUUAAGCAGAAGAGCAAGAAGAGCAUCAGACCACAAUUGCAGUCUUUGUGUUUCAAAGACCCAAUGAUCAAGAAUCUCGGUCAGAGGGCUUUUAUCUCGUACUACAAAUCGGUGUAUAUACAGAAAGAUAAGGAUGUGUUCAAAGUUGAAGAAUUGCCAUCUGAAAAGUAUGCUGCUUCGUUGGGUUUGCCAGGAGCUCCUAAAAUCAAGAUAAAGGGAGGAAGCUCUAGCAAAGAGAAGAAGAAUGCUUCUAGACAACUUGUAGCAUUGUCCAAGACUAACGAGGAUGGAGAGUCUGUGGAGAAUGAAGCUUCUAAAGUUAGAACCAAGUACGACCGUAUGUUUGAAAGAAAGAACCAGAACGUUUUGUCUGAACACUACUUGAAGUUAAACGGUAGCCAGACUAAGGAAGAUGAAGACGAAGAAGAAGAAGAUGACUUCAUGUCUGUGAAAAGAAAGGACCACGAGUUAACAGAGGUAGAAUUACCUGACUUGACUAUUCCAGUUUCGAAGAGACAAGCCAAGAAGGCUCUUUCCAAGAAGUUGUCUAUUUCUACUAAAGGCAACCCUACGAAGUUGAAGUUUGAUGAUGAAGGAGUUGCGCAUGCCAUUUAUGAAUUGGAAGACGAAGAAGACUUCAUCAAGCGGGGCGAUGCCAAAGAGCAGAAGAAGGCAUUUGUUUCAAGGGAAACUGAAGUAAUGAACGAAGCCGACGAGGAAGACAAGAUAAUGGCUAAGGAAAAGAGACAAGAAAAGAAGAGGAAAAGAAAGGAAGUGGAAAAAAGAAUGAGAGAUGAGGAAUUACAACUGGGCGACGACGAAGAAACCGUCUACACCCUUGGCGGAGAUGUAGACUUAGAAAGAGACAUGGAGUACUCUACUGAUGAGGAAGAACAGCCACAGAAUAAGAAGCCUAAGUGGUUUGAAAAUGACAAGCACAACAGGAAGAAUCCAGUUAACCAUAUCGUGGAAAUCGACGAGCCAGAAACUUUGGAAGAUUUGGAAUCUUUGACGGCCAGAUUGUUACAGCAUUAA